AUGGAGGCCCCCGGCAGCGCGCGGGGCCCCAAGGCCGACCUGAGCCAGCGCAGCCAGGAGAUGCGUGUCCUCGUGGGCCUGCAAGGUACCAGCAAGUCCCUCCUGCUGUACCCCUGCCUGGUGCAGACCCUGCACCCCCAGCUCCUCCAGGAGCCGGCAGCACAGGCCAGCAAAAGAUGUGUCAUUCCCAGGCUGACAGUGACCAUCUUUGUCCCUCCCUGCUCACAGUACAACAAACUCCCCAUUAAGGAUGCCUUCGGAGAGGGCCAGGAGCUCGUUUCAGGCACUGAGAGCCUGGAGGUGGUCAUAAAGAAGAUCGAGGCCAAAAUCCAUGACCAGGUGAAGGUGUGUGACAUGCUGGCGCACCAGCUGAAGCAGUGGAGCCAAGCCAGGGACGAGCGCCAGAGGCACCUGCAGAAUCUGCAGGAUGCUGAGACAGAGCCUAAGUGGCAAGAGCCAGAGCUGCAGACCAUUCGCCAGCUGGGCAAUGACAUUGAGAAGAUGCUCAUGAAAAUUCACAGUGGAGAGAUUGUUACCAACCUGUACCUGAGGCUGCAGGAGGUCCUGAGGAGGGAGCUGGUGUACCUGCCUCGAUACAUGGACCUCCUGUCUGGGAUGACUGUGAUGUACCACGAGGAGCUCACAGGCCGGACUACCCUCCAAGCCAACAAUGUCAUCAAGAAACUCAUGGCCGAGGCGGGACCCCGGGUCCGUAUGGAGAAGCAGCUCAGGGACCAGUCCCUGGCUGAGCAGAGGAAGCACAUCGAGAGCCUCCGGCGCCAGGAGGAGAGCGAGAGGCAGCAGAGGCAGCAAGCUGUGUCCAUGCUCUCUGCAGAGCAGGACCAGAGCUCCUCAGAAACGCUGAUGGGUGCUGACGUGGAGGCCGCCAUGGCCAAGAUGCAGCGCGAGGCCUUUGUGACAGACAAGAUGGAGAAGGCAAAGACUGCCCUGCAGUGCUCCUGCCUCUGGGACAUCCCCAGCAGCAUCGAGGCACAGAGGAAAUCCCUGGGGAACCUGCAGCAGCACAUCGAUGAGUGCAACGAGAGGAAGAACAUGCUGAAGAAGACCCUGCAGAACCUGGAGUCCAAGCAGGCUAAACUGAAGUUUAACCAGCCCGUCAGCACCACCAGCAUGCAGGAGGAGCAGCUGAGGGAGAACCUGAAGCAGGAAGAGGCCCGGCUGGAGCAGAUGCGAGCCCACAUGCUGAACAACCAGAAGCGCCUGAUCGAGUUUGAGAACAUCGUUGACAACAUGUUCCUCCGCCUGCAGGGCAUCUCCAUCCCUGGCAAGGAGGACUCAGGUGCAGUGGUGGGGCUGGAGGAGAAGCUGCAGCACUGUGAGCAGAAGCUGCAGUUCCUGAAGGAGCAGGCGGCAGCCCGGCCUCAGGACAGCACUGAUGAACAGAGCGAGACUUUUGCCAAGGUCAGGAACCUUCUGGAGGAAAGAACUGCAGGUGAAAAACAGAACCUGAGGAUUUCCUUUGAGGAUGAAGAUGCUACAGAAGAUGACACCUUGGAUUUUGAGGAUGAAGACCAUGACUACAUCCCCAGCCGGGAGGACAUCAAGAAGCAGGGGCAGCAGCUGAUCCGCAUGAACACCAGACGUCGCAAGAAGAAGUAG